UGCAUCCAUCAUUGUAAACAUUGAGGCUCAUUUCACGAAGAGAGUAAUGAGUGCGACCGAUGAUCGGCUCGGAACUCGGAACAUUGAGUCUCUGUUUACAAUUUCAUGAGUGCGACCGAUCAUAUCUGCUAGAGCGUGAUGCACUCUCUUCCGCGCGAUCACUCUUGAUCGGUGCUCGCCAGGAGCUUUGCGACGGAGUUCUUGGUAGUUGUUGGUUUUUUCUUCGUCGGAAUGGCUGAACAAGGUGACGGCAGUGUUAAACUCGUUGUGAUCAAAGCCAGUCCCACGGGGCAGAUUCCCGUGAAGAAUGUUCAAGUUCAAGAUGUUCACGUCGUUAUCAACUCCCCAGCUUCUGACAAACCGUACCCGUGUCCUUGUUGUUGCACAGCACGGUUUGCGCUGAAGUCUUCAUUACGGCGCCAUGUGAAAACGCAUCAUGGUGACCAUCCGAACAGACACGACGCGCUCAGGAAGGCAUUCGAAUGUCGGAUCUGUCACCAAGAGUUCAAAACGAAUUCCGAUCUCUGGCACCAUCGAACCACGGACCACAACCAGAGCGGAGACGAUGUCUCGCAAGAAAACUCACAAGAAAAUAGGGGAAUUGUUUGCGGAUUGUGCUCUUUCUCGUAUCGUAAGGUACAGGAUCUCAAACGGCAUAUGGUGUCACAGCAUCCACAGCACAACGGUCUGGAGAAUCCAGAAAGCGGCACCGAACAAGCCGAAGGUGAGUCGGUAGCUGCGGACCCGAAUACCAGCUCCCAAAUCAGCGUCGAAUCAAAACCUCCCGAGCAACCGAUACGACUAGUCGUUAUUACCCCGAACAACGUGCACGGAGAAAGGGUCACUCGAGUUCCGAAAACCGUGCAGCUCGCAUUCAAAUGCUCUAAAGGGAACAAUAAUACCCGGAAAGUUGUCGAAGAGCUUUUGAACAUCGACUCGUCGGAAGACCAGCUGCUGGCCGGUCAAUGAGUCUGAGCAUUUCAAGUGUAUGUACAUGAAAGAGUUCGUCGUGUGUAUAUAAUAAAACGUUUAUUGA